AUGAAUAUCAUCAGUCAAGCUGGUGGACGCGUGCCGGGUACAAGAGACGCCCCCGCUGCUGCCAAGAUCGUCGGCGGGCACCGCGCGUCGGCCCGCGCCUGGCCGUGGGCGGUGCGGCUGGGCAUACGCCGCUCUGGCGGCAAGACGCUCUGGCAUUGCGGCGGCACGCUGAUCACGGCCAGCACCCACAACGACCUGGCGCUGCUGCGGCUGACGCGGCCGGUGACGUUCUCAGCGACGAUGGCGGCCGCCUGCCUGCCGGAGCCGGGCGAGCGGUUCGAGGGGCGGCCCGUCCGCGUGGCCGGCUGGGGCCGCCAGGCCUUCAACGGCAGCACGUCGGAGUCGCUGCUCGUCGCCGAGGUGCGCCUGAAGGACGCCGACCAGUGCGAGACCCAGUACCGCACGCUCCCCGACUUCCGGUACACGUUCCCGGGCGGUUUCGGCCGCACCAAGCUGUAG